CGUAGCUGUGGGAGUUAUUGAAAAAGACAGUCUGUGAAAAAAUAUACAUUGCAUGUUUUUUUUAGGUAUUCUCCUAAGGAGAACGCACAAAGAUACGUAAAAAUGCCUGGAAUGAUGGAUAAAGGGUCGGAGUAUCUAGGAAAGGGACGCUCAAAUGGAACAAAAAACCCUUCAAAUGCAUCGAAUGGACAUUUUUCUGAUGAGAGUGGUAGUGACGACGAGCACGAUGUCGGAAUGCGUGUGGGAUCCGAUUAUCAAGCCAAUAUACCCGAAUUUGAUCAUGGUUCUACCAAGUACAGUGAUAAAGAUAGUGGGGGAAUGUUGGUGUGGUCUCCAUAUCACACCAUUGUCGACCCAAAAUUGGAUGAAUAUAUUGCCAUUGCAAAAGAGAAGCAUGGAUAUAAUGUUGAGCAGGCAUUGGGCAUGCUGUUCUGGCACAAGCACAACAUUGAGAAGUCCCUGGCAGACCUUCCCAACUUCACCCCCUUCCCCGACGAGUGGACCGUGGAGGAUAAGGUGCUGUUCGAACAAGCCUUCAGCUUCCACGGAAAAAGCUUCCACAGGAUUCAACAAAUGUUACCAGACAAAUCCAUAUCCAGCCUUGUGAAGUAUUACUACUCCUGGAAGAAGACCCGGUCCAGAACCAGCUUGAUGGACCGCCAGGCCAGAAAGCUGGCAAACCGAAAUGCCCAAGAUGAAAGUGAUGAAGAAAUGGAGGAGGCCAACCCCAUCGAAGCAAACGAUAGUGAUUAUGACCCCACCAAGGAGACGAAAAAAGAGAGCCACACGGAGCCCCAGCCCCUGAGCUCCUCCAAGAUUGGGCUCGGCCGACGGGAGCACCUGACGCUCAUGCACCGGCACCACUCGCAGCGUUCCAAGUGCCGGCCGCCCAAGGGCAUGUACCUGACCCAGGAGGAUGUGGUGGCAGUGUCGUGCAGCUCCAGCGCUGCCAACACCGUCCUUCGGCAGCUGGACAUGGAGCUGGUGGGCCUCAAAAGACAGGUUCAAAAUGCAAAGCAACUGAACAGUGGUCUGAAACACAGGAUGGAAGCGGGCAUUGAUGACUUCAGGCUGCCAGAGUGCAGCCAAAAAGUUAAUGCUCGCUGGACAACAGAUGAACAGCUUCUGGCAGUUCAAGGUGUCCGGAAGUACGGGAAAGACUUCCAGGCCAUUGCCGACGUUAUCGGUAAUAAGACGGUAGGGCAGGUAAAGAACUUCUUUGUGAACUACCGCCGCCGGUUUAACCUGGAGGAGGUGCUGCAGGAGUGGGAGGCGGAGCAGGGAACUGGCACCCCCAACGGUGACACUGCCACCUCUGGCGAGGAGGGGAAGAACAGCUCCAACACCCCUUCUGGGAAGAGUACGGACGAAGAGGAGGAGGAGGGCCAGGUGACCCCCUCGUCAGGCCCUUCUCCCGCUGCCACUUCCUCUGCCACUUUCCAAACCCUGGUGACAUCGUCGGCAACCUCGCUCAACCAGCCGCCCCCGCUCCUACGGCCCUCCCUGCCGGCCACCCCGGCCCUCCACAGGCAGCCGCCCCCUCUCCAGCAGCAGGCCCGCUUCCUACAGCCUCGGCCCGCGCUCAACCAGCCCCCCCCACUCAUCCGGCCCUCCAACCCCCCGCCCCCGCGCCUCAAUCCCCGGCCGCUUGCCCCGACCUCAGCCCCCACCUCCACAGGGUGCCCAGGCUCCAGCCAGCCGCCCCCCACCCUGGUGGGCAUCCCAUCGGAGACGCCGUCCUCCUCGCUGCACUAAGUGUGUGCAAUGGCGAAGGAAGAAAACGGAAAAGUCGGUGGUCGUUUUUUUUUUACUUUGUCGUUUGUUUCCUUGUAUUUUUCUUGACAAUGAUCUGUUGUGUUCCUGAAAGUCGUCAAUCGUUGGUUGUUUAUGAGGAGAUGAUGUAUAUUAAUGAGAAACGUAAAGCCGUUGUGAAGUUUUUAAAGUUUAUGUAUAUUAGGUUAGGUCUUAGUUUUAUUUAUUUGAAAUCACAUCGUUUUUUUUUAUUCACUCAUCUUUGGAUGGACUUGCUUAGAUGUUAUGUAUUGGUGAUGUUAAAGAUUUACUAGAAGCAUUGGUCCUGUUUGAAAGUGUUCUUGGCUUCUGGUUAAUGUAUAUUUUACAAAUGGCAAAAUUUGCAAGUGGUAUAUAAACAAGGUAUAUUGAAGACACUAUAAUGGACAAUACACCACUACUAGUAAUCAGGUGGCGUUGCCAUAUUUCAGUUCAAUUGUUUGAUUUGCUGUAAUGCAUAUUUGUUCUUUGAGCGUAUAUAGACUUAUCUUUUAUAUAAGCAUUAUUUAUUUUUCUACUCGGUGCUAUGGACUCUAGACUGAUUUUUGCCUAUGUCCAGUAUAAUAAUAACCAUUGUGUAAGUGCUCUUACGCUUCUAGGCCAACUGUAUUUACGUGAUUGAAUUGAUCUAAACUGGAAGAAACUGAUUGAAAAAAAAUGAUGAACCCGGUUAAUAAAAUUAACUUGUUUAAUGUAA